CAGCCUCUGCCUCUUCUGAUUUGCAUUUUGCAAACCCUACUCGCUCAUCUCUCUUCAUUCUCAUUUUCCUGCAUCGCUCGAGUGGAGGAGAUCGCAUCGAUGGCGGAGACCGAGACGUUUGCAUUCCAGGCCGAGAUUAAUCAGCUUCUGAGCCUGAUUAUCAACACCUUCUACAGCAACAAGGAGAUCUUUCUCCGUGAAUUAAUCAGUAACUCUUCCGAUGCUCUCGACAAAAUCCGUUUUGAGAGUUUGACCGACAAGAGCAAGCUUGAUGGACAGCCCGAGCUGUUCAUCCACAUUAUACCAGACAAGACCAAUAACAGCCUGACAAUUAUCGACAGUGGUAUUGGGAUGACCAAGGCUGAUUUGGUGAACAAUCUUGGUACAAUUGCUAGGUCUGGAACCAAGGAAUUCAUGGAAGCCUUGGCUGCCGGUGCUGAUGUGAGCAUGAUUGGGCAGUUUGGUGUUGGUUUCUACUCUGCAUACCUGGUUGCUGAGAAGGUUGUUGUCACAACAAAGCACAAUGAUGAUGAACAGUAUGUGUGGGAAUCCCAAGCCGGUGGUUCGUUCACUGUUACACGUGACACAUCUGGAGAAAACCUUGGCAGGGGUACUAAGAUCACCCUCUUCCUCAAGGAGGAUCAACUUGAGUACCUUGAGGAACGCAGGCUGAAAGAUUUGGUCAAGAAGCACUCUGAGUUCAUCAGCUACCCAAUUUCUCUUUGGGUCGAGAAGACAACAGAGAAGGAGAUCUCUGACGACGAAGAUGAGGAAGAAAAGAAGGAUGAAGAGGGGAAAGUGGAGGAAGUCGAUGAAGACAAGGAGAAGGCCGACAAGAAAAAGAAGAAAAUCAAGGAAGUGUCUCACGAGUGGGAUUUGGUUAACAAGCAGAAGCCAAUCUGGAUGAGGAAACCUGAAGAGAUCACAAAGGAAGAAUACGCCGCUUUCUACAAAAGCCUUACUAAUGACUGGGAGGAGCAUUUGGCUGUGAAGCACUUUUCAGUCGAGGGCCAGCUCGAGUUCAAGGCUAUUCUAUUUGUUCCAAAGAGGGCCCCGUUUGAUCUCUUUGACACCCGAAAGAAGCCCAACAAUAUCAAGCUCUAUGUUCGUCGUGUCUUCAUUAUGGACAACUGUGAGGAGUUGAUUCCUGAGUAUCUGGGAUUUGUGAAAGGCAUUGUCGACUCUGAGGAUUUGCCUCUCAACAUCUCCCGAGAGAUGCUGCAGCAGAACAAGAUCCUCAAGGUCAUCCGCAAGAACUUGGUGAAGAAGUGCCUCGAGCUCUUCUUCGAGAUCGCUGAGAACAAGGAAGACUACAACAAAUUCUACGAAGCUUUCUCGAAGAAUCUCAAGCUCGGGAUCCACGAGGAUUCUCAGAACAAGGGCAAGAUUGCUGAACUUCUCAGGUACCACUCGACCAAGAGCGGCGACGAGUUGACGAGCUUGAAGGACUACGUGACGAGGAUGAAGGAAGGCCAGUCCGACAUCUACUACAUCACCGGCGAGAGCAAGAAGGCUGUCGAGAACUCUCCGUUCCUCGAGAAGCUAAAGAAGAAAGGAUACGAAGUCCUCUACAUGGUUGACGCCAUCGACGAAUAUGCCGUCGGACAGUUGAAAGAAUUCGAGGGGAAAAAGCUCGUCUCCGCCACCAAGGAAGGUCUGAAGCUUGACGAGAGCGAGGAUGAGAAGAAAAAGAAGGAAGAGUUGAAGGAAAAGUUUGAGGGCCUGUGCAAGGUGAUCAAAGACGUCCUUGGCGACAAGGUCGAGAAGGUUAUUGUUUCUGACCGUGUAGUCGACUCCCCGUGCUGUUUGGUCACUGGAGAAUAUGGGUGGACGGCUAACAUGGAGAGGAUCAUGAAGGCGCAGGCUUUGAGGGACUCGAGCAUGGCUGGGUACAUGUCGAGCAAGAAGACGAUGGAGAUCAACCCGGAGAACCGUAUCAUGGAUGAGCUGAGAAAGAGGGCCGAUGCUGACAAGAAUGACAAGUCGGUGAAGGACUUGGUGAUGUUGCUGUACGAGACUGCUCUGCUUACCUCUGGGUUCAGCCUCGACGACCCCAACACAUUCGGCAACAGGAUUCACAGGAUGUUGAAGCUCGGGCUGAGCAUUGACGAGGAUGGUGCUGACGGCGAUGUUGAUAUGCCGGCGCUGGAGGAGACUGAUGCUGAUGUGGAUGUGGAUGCUGAGGGCAGCAAGAUGGAGGAAGUCGACUAAAUUGGUGAUGCUUAGUAUACCUACCUUUCUUUUUCUCUAUCUUUUAUUUACUUUUGGCGUGUUAAAUUUCUGAGGUCAGUUUCUCUUUUAUCGUUUUGAAAUGGUUUGGUGUCAUUUUGUAUGAACAAGUUCGUUUUGCUAUGCAGUUGGCGAUGUUUUGGUA